UAUAACAUUCAAUUCCUCAUGCAGCUAAAACACAUUAUGAACUUUGGAGGUUUGCCAACCAUCUUGAUUUCGACAAUUACGGGGGCAUUGAUUGGGUAUCUACUCCCCAAACUGCAGGCAAGGAUCCAGAAGAGAAAGAGAGCAAGCCUGAACUAUACCGAGGAUGAUAACCUUGUGUCUGGGGACACUUACAAAAUGCUACUUGUGGUCAGGAUGGAUCUCAAGAUGGGCAAAGGUAAAGUAGCAGCACAGUGUGCACACGCAGCUUGCGGCUCUGUUGAGGUAGCAACUAAACGUAACCCUGAUAUUCUUAAAAAGUGGAGAAUGGAGGGACAGGCUAAAGUUGUAGUAAAAAUACAAACGGAAGAAGAACUAAUAGCUCUAGGGAGAACAGCGUCUGACCAAGGUGUAUUAUCGUAUAUAGUGCGGGAUGCAGGCCGUACCCAGAUUGAGGCUGGGAGUCGGACUGUAUUGGCCCUGGGGCCGGGAAAGAAAUCUGAUAUCGACAUGAUUACUGGACACUUGAAACUUUUGUAGGGAGUUUUAGUGGUUUUAGUCAAUGAUUUUAUGUACUGUUCUACAGUUACAAUUUUUAUGUUUUGAUUAUGGGGUUAAAUUAUUCGUAGGAUUUUGAAAAACUUGUGACACUUUUAUAAAACUUAUUUUAAACCUGGCCUAAUGAAAACGUCGAGCCGAGCAAUUGUUACAAGUUAAGAUUUUAAUUAGGAUACACUCUUAGUGUAUACCAAUUACUACUACAUACCAGGAAAAGGCAGCAAAUAGGUACAGUAGCAAUCCAAUUUAAAUUAACCAGGUGGUAGUAUAAAAACGGGAAUUAGUGCACUUGGUGCGCUGCAUUAUGCGCUCCAUGCUGCUUCCUAUAUACGGCACGCACUCUGCAGUGUAUGCUACUUACAAUGUUGAAUCAUCUCUGUUACUAUUGGGUGAUGGGUGUGUUUAUAUAGUUAUAUUGCUGUGGUGUGCUGAUGUUGGUUGAUGGUGAUGUGUGCUUCUGUUCGUUUUGGUAGUGGGCUGGCUGUUUUUACUGUUUAGUUUCGUCAGGUGAGAAAGGGAGAGAGUGUUUGUUUGUUUGUUGGGGCUUUUAAAGUUUAGUUGCGUUAUAAAACAUGGUGUAAUAUUGUUUAGAUAACAUGGUGAUAAGUGAUUGUACCUAUUGUCGUUACCUAAGCUUAUGCAAGUUCAUUGCUUCUUUUAAAGAUUUGAUUUUAAUUAAAUUUAUUAAAUUUAGGCUUUUGGUUAGUAGGCUAUGAUUUGUAGUUUUAUUUUAUUUUCUAAUUGAUUUUUCUCGUUUAAUCUGUUCAAA